AUGGCCUCAGCCCGGCCCCAGCCCACAUCCCUCGCGGAACUGAACCGUGUCUUCUGGGAUGCCAACGUCGACACCUUCUGGCAACAAGACUGGCUCAAGACCUUCGUCGAUCAGCUCACCCGCUUCCUCCGCACGCAGGCGCCGAACCUAGGCCUUCGGCCACGGGACCCGGCCAACCCCGUCCGGCUCCUAGACUAUGCCUGCGCCUAUGGCGGUGCCUCCUGGGCCCUCGCGCCCUUCGUCGACGAGAUCCUCGGCAUUGACGUCGCCCCCGCCAUCGUGGGCCGCUUCAACGACUGCGCGGCGAGGCUGGGGUACUCGCCCGCCCAGGCCCACGCCGUCGCAGGGGACCUGACGGCUGACGGGUCGCUGGCCGCCGAGGCGGGGUUCGAUGUGGUUAUAAUAUCCAUGGCGCUGCAUCAUCUCGAAGAUCCAAAGCGGAUGAUGGAGCUGCUUGCACGGCGGGUGAGGCCCGGGGGCGUGCUGAUUGCUGUGGAGGGUGUGAGUGCCAUGGAGACACAGUCGGAGGCCGGAAACCUGGACGGCGAUAUCCAUGGGAAGUUCGAGCAUGAGGUUCUCAAGACCACCAAUCGGCACGUCGUUUAUAGUGAAGGAUUGUUCUCCGGCUGGUUUGAGGAGGUCGGGUGUGACACAGAGAAGUUCCUGUAUAUCGAGAACGUGGAAGUCAGUCACAUCCCGGAGAACAUUGUCGGGAAGCCUGGGGGGUUGAAUAGGAGGAUGGUUAUUGCCGCUUCGGUGAAGAGCGGUUAG